GACGAUGAGGGCGCUGGAGGAAGACCGGGAAUUUCCACGAAGUUAGAAGCAUACAAUGCAAACGGCCGUCAGUGGGGCCGCGGUCCACCGGCUUCCCGAAUUGCAAAGCUCCAGGGCGGUUAUCACGUCCGAGGCUCGGGCCUUUCUGAAUGCCACGAAGUCAGCCAGCCGUUCCGCGGGUAG